UGUUGCAUUCCCUGCCGCUCUCUUCCUUCCCCCCUGAUCUACUCUUCUUGUCUUGGAUUCACUUGCUGCUUCGCCUCUCUGUCCUCCUCUUGGGCCCCCCACCAGCAAAUUGCUCGUGCCUCUUCGCUCAGCAUGGACCUCCAAAAGAGCGGGCAUGGGGAUGCGCAUAGCGUCCAUGGAGCAGAGCCCUCUCCCUCUCGCUCUCCACUACGGAAGCGCUCCCUCUCGCUACGUCGGUUGCGCUCGCCCCCCUUCCAGGCCAACGGAGCUUCCAGUGUGAAAGGUACUCCUGUAUCAUCACGUGAGGUGCAGAGUGAGCCUGUGCCUCCCCUUCCUGCUUCUACGAGCGCGUAUGGACGCUUAGAGGGAGGAGGACUGGGAGGAGGAGGAGCGAUGAGCCAUGCGGCACCGAGAAGAUCGCUUGCUGCGCUCCGUCAGACUGCUACUGCUCCGAGUAGCACAAAACAGCCCUUCCCGGACCGGGACCGGGACCUGGACUCGGACCCCGCGCUACCGCCCGUUUGGCCCGAGGAGAUCAAGUAUCAGCGAUGCUAUUGCGAGGAAGGCUCUUACCUGCUCGCGGCGCAGCUUGAGGAGGAACUCGAGGCACGCCGCUUGGAAGGAGGAGGUCAAGGCGAAGGUGAGACUCGGCAAUGGGAAUGGGAGGUGUGGGUCGUGGUGGUCAGCAAUAGAGAUAGGACGGUCUUACUUUGGCAUCAGAAAGCGUCCAAGUCUCCUGAGCUCAAUCAUGCUGUCCUGUGGGACUAUCACGUCUUCGUGGUCGUAUCAAGGCGGAGGGUCACGGAUCAGGGGAGAGACUCUGCACAUACUACAGCCCCGGAACAUGUCACAGGUGCACAAUAUGCGUCAUCACCUCCCCAUCCAAGCAGCCACAGCCUCGCAGCACCACUGCCGCCUAGACAAGCUCGCUCGCUCUUUGGGCGCAGCAAAGAGACCGGAACAAAUGGAGCUCAGAGCGGCUUACAGCACACCCGGCUACAGGAUUUGAUACCUGACUGGUCCGCCUGGGUGUACGAUAUCGAUUCCUGCCUAUGCUCCGAGCCAGACGUACCCUUUACCUCCUCCACUCUACGUCCUGUACCCUUUGAGGCGUAUACUUCCAAGACAUUUGCCUAUUCUCCUGGAGUUUACCCUGCCGAAUAUCUUCCCAUGUUCCGCCUUGCCAGGGCUGGCGCAUUCCUGGACAAUUUCGCCUCGGAUCGCUCCCACAUGCUCAGCCCUGGCAGCAGCAGCGGCAUCGGCGGUGGCGCAAAGGAGGCACAAGGGUUAGCGUACAGCGCUCCUGUCCCUCCUUGGCCAGUCAUCAUAGGGCCUCGGGCUAGACGGAGAGGUUGGACGAAUAAUCUAAUGGAGAAGUGGGUCAAUAUGGACGAUGCGCAACAGAGAGCACUCAAGGAGGGAGGUGUCGAGUGGCAGAACCAGUCGGAGGAGCUCAAGGUCCAAUUUGGCAAAGUCAUGCUCCGUGAGGAAUUCUUUGCAGGGAGGUGGAAGAUGGCCAUGUGGAGACGGCGUACAGGCGAGGAGCGAGCAGAGGUGUAUCUUCCUCAUGCUUCACCAUCGAAGGCUGGCAUAAGGUCGUCGAAUGAGUUGAGCAAGAGUCCUCCCAUCGAGGCAAGAAGGGGAGGAAGGGUGAGCAGUCCCCUCUUUCCGGCAUACAUGGCUGCGAGUCUGCAGGCGAGGGCUGCACGUCCUAGGGAGAGCUAUCUUGCACUGAGAGCGACUGAUGGGAAGGUCACACAGUUAUGGCCUGAUGUUGAUGGGAGACAGCAGACUGAAGGUGGCGGGCUCUAGACUACUCGUACCUGCCUUCAUUAUGUGUUCCUGUGCUUCGUCUGUGUUGCGAAGGGAGGCGAGCUCACCACCCGAUGGUCCCUUGUCUUUUCAUUUCCACCUCUCUCACCCUCCACUCAUGAAUAUCUCCCUGUGUGUGCGUCUCGAUUU